AUGGAAGUUGCACCGGCCUUAUCGACUACUCAGUCGGACGUGGCGUUUCAGAAGGUGGAGACACAUGAAAUUGACAGGUCUUCAUACUUGGGGCCAUGUUAUAAUAGCGAUGAGCUUAUGCAACUUAUCUCGGCUUAUUACAAUGUCGAGCCUCUCGUGGGUUAUCUGGAACAGCACCCGGAGUACCAAAACGUGACCUUGCAGUUUCCUGACGAUUUAAUCAAGGACUCCUCGUUGAUAGUAAGGCUGCUGCAAUCGAAAUUUCCCCAUGGGAAGAUAAAGUUUUGGGUUUUAGCUGACACAGCGUACAGUGCAUGCUGUGUAGACGAGGUCGCUGCUGAACACGUACAUGCAGAAGUCGUGGUACAUUUUGGUGACGCAUGUUUGAACGCCAUCCAAAACUUGCCCGUGGUUUACUCAUUCGGAACUCCAUUUUUGGAUUUGGCACUGGUGGUGGAGAACUUUCAGAGGGCAUUCCCAGACUUAUCCUCCAAAAUUUGUUUGAUGGCAAACGCACCCUUCUCUAAGCAUUUGUCACAGCUGUACAAUAUUUUGAAGGGCGACCUGCACUACACAAAUAUCAUAUAUUCCCAAGUGAACACCUCUGCGGUAGAAGAAAAAUUCGUAACCAUACUUGACACCUUUCACGUUCCCGAAGACGUAGACCAGGUGGGUGUGUUCGAAAAAAAUAGCGUGCUGUUUGGUCAGCACGACAAAGCAGACAACAUCUCGCCCGAGGACUAUCAUCUUUUCCAUUUGACCACCCCACAGGAUCCGAGAUUACUGUAUUUGUCUACUGUGUUUCAAUCUGUUCAUAUUUUCGAUCCGGCUUUACCUGGCAUGGUAACGGGGCCAUUUCCCUCUCUAAUGAGGCGUUACAAGUACAUGCAUGUGGCAAGAACAGCGGGAUGUAUAGGUAUUCUGGUCAACACGCUGUCGCUACGUAAUACAAGAGAAACUAUCAACGAGCUGGUCAAGCUUAUCAAAACUCGUGAGAAAAAACACUAUUUAUUUGUUGUCGGAAAGCCAAAUGUGGCCAAGCUAGCAAACUUUGAAGAUAUUGAUAUUUGGUGCAUUCUCGGUUGUAGCCAAAGCGGUAUCAUCGUUGAUCAAUUCAACGAGUUUUACAAGCCCAUUAUUACACCUUAUGAAUUAAACUUGGCCUUGAGCGAAGAGGUCACAUGGACCGGGAAAUGGGUUGUGGACUUCAGAGACGCCAUUGAUGAAAUCGAGCAGAAUUUGGGCGGACAAGAUACCAUCUCUGCCAGCACAACUUCCGAUGAACCGGAGUUUGAUGUAGUUAGGGGAAGAUAUACUAGCACAUCAAGACCACUGCGAGCGCUAACGCACCUGGAGUUAGAGGCGGCCGACGACGACGAUUCCAAACAACUGACUACAAGACAUACCGCCUCAGGUGCCGUCAUUAAAGGUACUGUAUCCACUUCAGCAUCAGCACUGCAGAAUCGUUCGUGGAAAGGUCUAGGAAGCGAUUUCGACUCUACUGAGGUUGAUAAUACUGGAGCGGAUAUCGAAGAAGGUAUUUCCGGUGUCGCACGUGGUUAUGGAUUUGAUCGCGAAGACGCUAUGAAAAAGGAAAACAAAUGA